AUGCGCGGAACCAUUAAUGGCGGCUGAUGGAUGUUUCUUACAUUCGGUCCGAGAACGGUAAGAUUUGAGCCUGAACGGAGAGAGCGAUGAUCCAGCGGGAGCUCGGUGAGGUUGCCUGAAACUAUUGUAUCAGAAUCUAGAAACACAGACGGACUAAGUAAGGGAUGAGCUGGAGUGUGGAGCUGGAGGAACACAACAGCCAGGCAGCAUCAGAGGAGCAGGAAAGCUGACGUUUCGGGUCGGGACCUAUCUUCAUCUGACCACUGUGAUUUUGACACUUUUUCUUGGCUGUGCUGUGAUUUGCAAGAUGCUGACAGGUAAGAGGUUCCAAGUAAUUCACGCAGUGAUGAUGAAGGAAUGGUGAUGUAUGUACAAAUCAGCAACAUCAGUUUUAAAGGAAUACAGUGUACCAAGGAUAUUAGAAGGACAGGAUUUGCAUUUGUGCCAUUCAAACCACAUGUCACAUCAGGAUUUGACAGAGCCACUCAAUUUGUCUUAACCUGAAAAUCAUUGGAUUUUGACCAUGGAAGGAAACAGCACCGUUCUCAGUGGGGAGAAACCAUACACAUGUUCUGUGUGUGGAAAAUGCUUUGCUGAUUCAUCCAACCUGCUGAAACACCAGCGAGGUCACGCUGGAGAGAAGCCGUUCAACUGCUGUGAGUGUGGGAAGGGAUUCGCUUGGUCAUCCAGCCUGCUGAGACAUCAACGUGGUCACACUAGGGAGAAACCAUUCACCUGCUCUGAGUGUGGGAAAGGAUUCACCAAGUCAUCCAAACUUGUGCAACACCAGCAAAUUCAUGCUGGGGAGAAACCAUUCACCUGCUCCAAAUGUGGGAAAGGAUUCACCACGUCAUCCAACAUGUUGAGACACCAACGAGUUCAUACUGGCGAGAGACCAUUCAGUUGCUCCGUGUGUAAAAAGGGAUUCACUCGGUCAACCCAUCUGCUGCAACACCAGCGAGUGCACACUGGGGAGAAACCAUUCACCUGCUCUGUGUGUGGGCAGGAAUUCACUCGGUCAACCCAUCUGCUGAGACACCGGCGAGUUCACACUGGGGAGAAACCAUUCACCUGCUCCGUGUGUCAGAAGGGAUUCACUCAGUCAACCCAUCUGCUGCAACACCAGCGAGUUCACACUGGAGAGAGACCAUUCGCUUGCUCUGUGUGUGGGAAGGGAUUCACUCAGUCAACCCAUCUGCUGCAACACCAGCAAGUUCACACUGGAGAGAGACCAUUCGCUUGCUCUGUGUGUGGGAAGCGAUUCAUUCGGUCAACCAGACUGUUAACACACCAGUGUGUUCACACUGGGUAGAAACUGUUUACUUGCUCCAUGUGUGAGAAGGGAUUCACUUGGUCAUCCAUCCUGUUAACACACCAGCAAAUUCACAGCGAAUCAGUUUUGAAAGAUUUUGCUCUUACUCACACCAAGGAAUGAACCUUGGUCAUUGGGCUGUUUGUACUAAAGUUAUUAAACCCUGCUGUAUUAAUGGGUCUGAUAAAAUUUGGAUAAAAUGUCAAUACGAUUUUUUUAUCUGUUGGGUACUGUAAGGGUGGCGCAUCUUUGUGAGACACGAAAUGGCCAACAAGGGAUAAGCAAAAUUAAACAGCCUGCUCCAACAUCUAAGUGAAACAUAAUGGUACCUUUGAAUAGGACACUCCAAGGUCAACUAAGGGCCUUGCAAGCAACCAUCGGAGACAGUUUGAAAAGAGGAUGCCUAGGCGUAGACAAGUGAUUGAUUCCGACCUCAUUAAUGAAAGGAUGUUGUCCCAUUAGGUGAACAGCACCAUUCAGAACAAAGGGGUGUAAAUCUCAGCCCAUCAACCAGCCAGCCUAACUCAUUAAGCAACCGUGAAAAGUUAUUUUAUAGUAAUUGGCUGUUUCUUUGAAGUUAUUCACAAUAUUAAGAAAUAGGUUCUAGUUAAAGAUUCAUCAGAUAAUAGGAGUAGAUUUCAACAUAAAUAUAGAUACAAGUAUAACCAAAAGUAUAACAGAAGCAUUAGGGGAGAAACAUUCAAACAUUGAUGUGAAAGUUAAUUAGUCUCAGGAAACACUUUCUCUCAUCUCUAAAAAAGAUGCCUCGUACACCUUGAACAAAACAGAUUGAUCGCAACUUACUAAUUACAAAGUGCUAACAGUAGAAGUAGUUGCAUAACUUCAUACUUUAUAACUAACUGUAUAACAGAAAUUAAUACUACGGAUCUUAUAGCAGUUAGUUAAAACCAACUGUCUUUUGUAAUUUUUAUACACAUGAUUGGAACAGUGGAAAAUAUAAGAUGAAUAGCAGAAUUUGAUAGAGAUAGCAUAUGGAAUACAAUGACUAACAGAAUUCAACCAGUCCUUAGAGAUAAGCAAGUCUGAGACAGACCAGGAGGAGUAUAACCAGUAAUUUUGGAAUGCCAAUUAACAAGAUGCAUAGAAAGAUCCUAAGGCCUGGAGAUUAACAAUGUCUGUUAAACACCAUGAGAUCAUGGGACCCUGGGGCUGUCCAUAGAAUGCCUAUCAUUGAUUAGGUGUUUCACAGGCUUGAGUGUAUGGAAUCGGGGAGGACAUUUGACCACGUAGUAACACAAUGUAUAAAAAUGCUGUAUCUCACUGUAAAAAUCAGUGUGUUAUUGAUCUGUUUUCCAAUCUGAGCCAAAGAUUAAGGGAAUAAUGGUGGUCUCACAUUGAGGCCAGAUUCAUGGAAGAUCCUUUGACCCACUCCCUACAUUAACUGGUUCUUGCUUGAAUAAAAGUCCACCACUUGACUGAA